UAUGGCCCGAUGCUUAUUGGAGUGUUCCUCAACAUGAUUUUGUACGGGAUGCUCUUUUAUUUCAGGACAUACCCAUUAGAUACGAUUUGGGUUCGGCUUUUUGUCGCUUAUCUCUUCAUACUGGAGACUGCAAAUACGGCCAUUGACAUGGCUAUGAUGUAUCAACCUUUAAUUGCGGAAUACGGUGUGCCGCACUACCGGUCAUUCCCUCGCGUAUUAAUAUCUACCCCAAUCCAAAUUUAUUUCGCUUGGAGAAUCCGGAAGAUUACUCAGACGUACUGGAUACCUGGCGUUGUUGUAAUGUUGGCGUUAGCGUCCUCUGCUGGAGGUUUCAUAACAGGAGUCAAGAUUGCGAAACUCAAGCUCUUUGCUGACAAGCCAGAACUACACUGGUCGGCGCUCUUGUGGUUCCUAACAGCCUGUGUCGCCGAUUUGUUGAUCACAGGAACGCUGGUUUGGAAUCUGGCUCAACGCAAGACGGGCUUUGCAAUUACGGACUCGGUGGUUGACAAAAUCAUCAGGAUGACGGUACAAACCGGGAUGAUAACCAACAAGAUCAGUUCUAUCUCGUUUGCUCAAUCACUUACUCUGCUGGAUAGAAACUUUCUCUGGGACCUUACGUUAGCCAAACUCUAUACCAACUGCCUAAUGUCAACCUUGAACGCGCGAGCGGGCCUGCUGAGGCCCAGUCAAAAUUCA